GGGAAUAAUGGAGCUGAAAUAUGAAAAGGUGUCUGGAAACUGGUUACCAACCAGUACUGCUGAUAAAAGAUCACUGUUUCAGGACUUACAGAAAAUGACAAAAAAUAUGUGUAUUGUUAACAAUAUAACAUCUGUACACAAGACAUGGUUCUCUGUUUGAAUAUAUAAUGUAAUUUUACUGUGAUACAGUUGACUGCAUACAAAUACCAGUAAAAUUGAACAUAUUUCCACUCUUGUCAUGCUAACUAGUGCAUCCUCUGACUGGGCUUAAGAGAGCUGCUUUAAUUUCUUCUAUUCAAGGGCAGCAUUGAAGCAUAUACAGUACAGUUCAUAAAGAAAUGUCAAACUAUCCAAGAUUCAUGGAUCUGGAUGUUGAAAAGGAUAUCAGUGGUCGGAUAACUCCUAGGGAUGGCCCAGUCAGUGUGCGGAACCCUCAUAUAGAACACUUGUCAGAGGAUGUUUUGUACCACUUGGACCUCAGUAACAAAGCCAAUGACUUGCCUGCAAUGUUUUCAGAUGUCAAGUUUGUGUGUUUUGGUGGAUCACCAAACCGUAUGAAAAAGUUUGCUGAAUUCAUGGUGAAGGAAAUUGAUUAUCAGAUUCCUGCGGGUAUGGCACUGAAAGACAUAUCUCAUGGUUCCGACAGAUAUGUGUUGUACAAAGUGGGGCCAGUACUGUCUGUCAGUCAUGGUAUGGGUAUUCCGUCAUUAUCUAUUGUGUUCCAUGAAGUAUUAAAGCUGUUACAUCAUUCUGAAUGUACCGAUGUGAAAUUCUUCAGGCUAGGAACCAGUGGUGGACUAGGUAUAGAGCCAGGGACAGUUGUUAUUACAGAAGCUGCUGUUGAUGGACUGUUAAGACCUUAUAUGGAAGUUGCAACAUUAGGUAUGAUACUGCAGCAUCCAGCUUUCCUUGACAAAAAUCUGUGUGAAGAGCUCCUGGAAAUAGCCAAUGAGGACAAAGCUUACAAAAGUGUCAUUGGCAAAACCAUGUGCACAUACGACUUUUACGAAGGUCAAGCACGACUAGAUGGAGCAUUCUGUGACUUUACUGCUGAAGAUAAGAUGGCGUUUCUGAAGAGAAUACAUGACCGGGGUAUACAGAAUAUAGAGAUGGAGUCUCUCUGUUUUGCUGCUAUGGCACAUAGAGCUGCUGUCAAAAGUGCAAUAAUCUGUUGUACGAUUGUGGACCGGCUAAAAAGUGACCAAAUAACAGCUAGUCAUGAAACACUGGAAGAAUGGCAGAUGCGGCCGCAGAAAAUUAUUGCCAAGUAUAUACGGCAGCAUAUGGGACUGAAAUAGAUGUUGUACUUGUUUUAGAAAGAAAUUUAUAUCAUCCAAUACUCUAUUUAUCUUUAAAUUUUCUCAUUGUUAUUGAUAGGACCAUGAUUAUUCUGACACACAGUAGGCUGUUGAAAAUAAGUGUAUGCAGUUAGGAGUUAAGUCUUGAUACAGAAGGGCAUUGAUAUUCAAAUGAUGUUUAAAGAUAUACUAUGCACAUCUUUUUUCAAAAUAUUUGAGCCAUGCCAUGUGAAAACCAAGAUAGUGGGUUUGUGACCAGCAUGGAUCCAGACCAGCCUGCGCAUCCGCUUUUAAAGCCUACUGCAAUUAGAGAAACUGUUAGUGAACAGCAUGGAUCCUGACCAGACUGCGCGGAUGUUGAUUUUCUCAUGGCGCGGCUCAUUUUGUUUUUAGGUAUUAUUAAGGUUAAAUGUAGGAAAUCCUCAUCAUAUUUAUUUAACUUAACUAAAUAUAAAAGCUUACUGUAUAUGCAGAGCUGCAUUCACAGUUAAGUUUGUUUGUUUGUUUGUUUUGGGUUUAAUGCCGUUUUUCAACAGUAUUUCAGUCAUGUAACGGCGGGCAGUUAACCUAACCAGUGUUCCUGGGUUCUGUACCAGUACAAACCUGUUCUCUGCAAGUAACUGCCAACUUCCCAACAUGAAUCAGAGGUGGAGGACUUAUGAUUUCAGACACAAUGUCGUUUAUCAAAUAGUCACAGAGAACAUACACCCCGCCCGAGGAUCAAACUCACGACCCAGCGAUCCGUAGACAAACGCUCUACUUACUGAGCUAAGCGGCGGGCUGCAUUCACAGUUAAAUAUCAUUUUGUAACAACCACUCUCAGCUUUUUCAGUGGGAGUACAAAUUCAUACUGUGGCUAGUUCUACAUUUAUUUACUUUGUACUAUUUUUAAAUUAACACACUGUUAUAUUUAUAUUGACAAACAUGUUUAUUUCAUAUUUUAAAGCCACUGUGUUUUUAUAUGCCUGUUUUGGAAAACAGACAUAUGAUUGUGUGUGUGUCUGUUCGUCUUUCAUUCGGUCUUAUUCGUGUUGGAGCAUUAGUAGUCAAGGUAUUAAAACUUAGUGUAGUUAUAUAUAACUAGAUGGCAAUGAGCAAAAACAAACUGGUAGGUCAAAGGUUAAGGUCACAAAUUGAGAUCAAAGGUCAAAUCUGACAUAAUAUUUUGUGUCAGGUGCAUAACUUAAAAAAUUAUUGACUUCAGCCUUGGCAUAUAGGUAGGUGUUGACAAAAUGAAGUGGAGAGUGCAUGAACAGUGUUUGUAGUUCAAAAGUUACAGUCAUAAAUUGAAUCAAAGGUCACAUAUGUCUGUCAUAAAUCAAAGGUUAAGGUCACAAAUUGAGUUCAAAGGUCAAAUCUGUCUGUCAUACACAACUUAAAAAUUAUUCAAGCUAUUGACUUGAAACUUAUAAUAUAGGUAGGUGAUGAUGAGAUGCUGUGCAGAGUGCAACUACCCACAUUCUAAUAUGAUUAGCAAUGCAUAAAUCACCACAAAGGUAUUAUGUUGACGUCAUGUCAAUAUGAUAUUUAGUGCCAUGUACACAUCGAGAAGUAGCGCUCACAAAUUAGAUAAAAUAUUUUACUUAAAAACAUGUUAAAAUGAAGUGUACCUAGCACAACUGUCUUGAUUAAUUUACACACACAUGAACUUGGUUAUUAGCUGUGCAGAAUAAUUCACCAUCAUUUGCAUCCUAAUGGAACUGCCAGACAUAUUACUAUUUCCGGUCCUGGUAUGUAUAAACAAAGGAGCGUGACAGCCUACCAUUUGGUGCCAUACAUGUGCCAAGAAACAGUUCUAUCAUAUUUUUUAACUUUUACAAUAAAAGACGUGUUAGUAUCAAAAUUUUUUAAAGCAAAAUCGUAUUUAAGCAGUAUUCAUACACUCUGGCUGUUAUAUAUCAUACGAAAUAAUUGAACUCUUGCUGCGCCCUUGUGAAAUUAUUAAGCCCGACAUAUAACCACCCAUCGUAUAUAAAUAGUGUUAAAAUACGUUUUGCUAUAAAUUAAUUCUUAAUUACUCCUCCCCCUUUAAUCCCUUUUAAAAACCUUAUUUGAGCCGCACCAUGAGAAAACCAAGAUAGGGCAUUUGCACAUCCACGCAGUCUGGUCAGGAUCCUUGCUGUUCGCUUUCAAAGCCUAAUGCAAUUAGAGAAACCGAUAGCGAACAAUAUGGAUCCUGACCAAGCUGCGUGGAUGCGUAGGCUGGUCUGGAUCCAUGCUGGUCACAAACGCGCUAUGUUGGUUUUCUCAUGGUGUGGUUCAUUUCACAUUUUACUUCCUUUAUAUGCACACAUUACACUGAGGUGCAGUAAAAUUUACUGUGAAUACUUACUUGAUGAAUGAUAUUAUUUCUCUUUAUGUAUUUAAAUGAUUAAGUUCUAAGCUUAUGAUACAACUUUGCUUUGAUAUAUGGUUACCUUCUGGUGCUCGUCCUCCAUUGACCUAAAACAUCGGGCGUAUAUCACCCCACUUUUUGUAAUGUGUUUUCAGGUAUGAAAUGUGGGCAUAAUAUAACUUAAAAGGUAAUUUGCAAAGCUGAGCCAAGCGUCUUAAGAAAUAUUUUCUUUGAAAACUUUUCAGCCUACUGUUGUGUGGCUGUUUAUCUGUUAUACAUUCCACAUCAUGCUAGUUAUAUUUAUUGUACAUUAGCAGCAUCAUGGUAUUUGUUUCAUGGUGUUUGAAAAUUGCCAUAGUUCAGUGCAAUAUCAUUAACAGUAACAUGUUAAAUGUUCUGCUUACAUUAAAUCUGUAAAUGGUGGUGCUGUGGUCCAGUGGUAAAAUGCUUGCCUGUCAGUCAAGAGGUUGUGGGUUUGAAUCCUGGCCCAGGCACUGGAAAUUAUUUCUGAGAUGCUCGACAGUGUCUCUCAUCCAACUAAGAGCCCAGUACUGUUUUUUCUUUCAACUGUGCCACUUGUUAUUACAUUAUAUACGUCUUCAUUCUAUAUAUCAAAAUGUUACUUGAAUGUUCAGUAUUGUACUGUUAACAGAAAUGUUCUGUAUUAUUUGUUAGAUAUAUAACUAUUGUUAUUAAUAUACUACAGCUGAGAGUUAAUAUUGUUAUAUGUUGUUAAGUUUUUAGCUUACCUGAGCAUAAAGUGCUCAUGGUGAGCUUUUAGGAUUGUUGGAUGUCCAUUGUCCAUAUUUUCUUUGAAGAACAUCUUCUACUGAACCUGGGGCCUCAGUGGCUGAGAGGUUAAGGUUGUUGACUUUGAGUCACUUGGUCCUCAUAACCUCACUUGGGGCGUUGAAUUCUUCAUUUCAGGAAGCCAUCCAGCUGGCUUAAGGAAGGUCAGGGGGUUCUAUCCAAGUGCCCACUCGUGAUGAAAUAGUGCACGGAGAAGCAUCUGGAAUCUUCCUCAUCCACUGAAGCUGGAAAGUAGCCAUAUGACCUGCAGUUGUGUCAGUGUAAUUGUUAAACCCAACAAAAACAAACAGCUGUACUGAACCACUAAGCCAGUUUCAGCGAAACUUCACAGUUCCUUGUGUAGCUGUCCUUCAUUCUCUUCCAAGUCUACGUCAUCCAUGCACAAUUCUGUUUGCCAUGGCAAAAUUAUUUUGAUUUUUUUAAAGAAAUGGGAUAGUUUUCACUAAAUGUUUCUCUAAAAGACGUUUCUUACAAAGCUGAACCUACAGAAGACACUCAACUACUGUACUGUUUUUUUUUAUUUGUCAAAAACACAUAAUUGCCAAGACUAAAAAUAAAGAUAUCCGCAAAUGACAUGUUCUCCAAAAUUGCUUUUCAGUUUGAUUUUGAAAUCAUUUCAUAGAAUUGUUUUUUUGGGGGGACCCUCCUCCAAAAUCGUUGAAAUCAUUUUGACUUGUCAAAAACAAAUAAAUGGACUCCAGAGGCUCAGAGCUAAAAAUAAAAAAUACCAUUGUCAGUUUUCAAAUAUCAGACCGCUGUUAAAAAGUAUUCUGUUUUGCCAAAAGCUUAACCUCCAGAGGGUAUUGUCACUUUUUCCACUGUGUAUAUAUGAUGCAGAGAAUUUAAACAUCACCACAUUACACCAGACCAGUUCCUGCAAAGCCCUUAGCAGUACAACUGAAUCUGCAUAUGCCACAACAAAUUGACUAACCAAAAAACGUAAGUUUCAAUGCUGCUUUAUAUACAAGUACACAUCAGUUCUGCUUCAACAUUUGCAUAUACUCAAAUCUCUGUUAUCGUGUCUCACAAAUCAGUGAAGUUUUAGUCUUUUUAACUGAUUCGGACAAGAGAAUCUAUAUAUAUUCUUUCUCUGAAAUUUAACUCGAUCACAAGGAUACAAUGAAUUUAUAGUGUGCAUUAAGAGAGAUAGUGUGCAUUAAGAGGUAUAAUUAAAUUCAGAACACUUUACUUUCCAAUAUGUGAGAUCUGCAAGAAUACGAGACCGCAUUGUAAAAGAGAGAGAUUUAUAUAAACCAAUCACCACCACAAUACGCCAGACCUGUGCAAUGAGUUACGACAAAGCGCCUAGCAGUACAAACAAGGGUGUGUUCUACACAACAAAUCCACUAACCCCUAAAAACAAUUAGUUUUGAUAUAUAGUGGUUUUAUCUUUGUCAGAAAACACUGGCAUUUCAAAAUAAAUUCACAGAUACUUUGCUUGCCUGAUCUUGUACCAGAAUUAUUCAAGGAAGCUAUGAAUCUCAUGUGAGCGAUAUAGGACCCUGUUGUUAACACAUUUUUCAAGUUUCUUUUUAGUAAUAGCUUUGUAACCUUGUUUUAUACAUAUUUAUAUUACAAUAGAAAGAUUUAAAUGAAAA